AGUCUCGUGUAGCGUGUCUCUACCGUACUACAGACUACCGCGAUCCAGAUCUGGCAUGGCGGUAGCUCAGCCAAAGUCCACGCUUAGAGAGAUCUACCCCGCUUCGUCGUCCCCGCACCUAGCACCUCUUCCAAGCUUCAAUCCUAGCCCCAAGUCUUAGCCAGCACACUAUGUCGGCCACCGUUUUCCGUUCAUAUGGCUUGGCUAGGACAAGUCAGCAACCAUGUUCCCGGCGCAUCGGAAUGACUCGCAGCACAGCCCCUCCAGUCUUUCCACUCCUGUUGCGCCUGUCAUCUCGUUGCAUCGAGUGAAUUAGGAGUGAAUAGUCGGUAUAUAUAACAUUAAUCAAAACCAUCAUAGUCCUCAAGCUAUACCAAAAUUCCCCAAAAGCAUACUGAAAACAUUCCGUAAUAAUGAAAGCCGGCCAGUGGGAUCCUAAGGAAAAGAAGGUCGUCGUGAACGAUGUGCCGAAACCAACCGAAGCUCCAAACCAGUUUCUGGUCAAGAUACAAUCCGCAUCGCUAUGUCACUCCGACCUCCUCCAUGCUAUGAGGCCGGACUACGCUGUCACGCUGGGCCACGAAGGCGUCGGCUAUAUUGAGUCCAUCGGCAAAGAGGCAAGCGACAAAGGCUUUCAAGUCGGCGACGCGAUUGGCUUCAAUUACUUUAUCGGCGCUUGCUUCGAAUGCGAAGGAUGCAUGGUUCACAACGUGCGAUGCGAGAAAGGUAACCAGAAAUUGCAAGGUUUCGUAGCAGAUGGUUACUUUGCCGAGUACGCGGUUGUAGAUUGGCAGAACGCUAUCAAGUUGCCCGAGAAUUUGGAUAUGAGUAAGACUGCGCCACUGUUUUGCGCCGGUAUCACAGCUUUCCAUUCGGUGGAUAGUUGCGAGUUGAAAUCAGGAGAUUGGUUAGCGGUAAUCGGAUGCGGUGGCUUGGGCCAAUAUGCUAUCCAGUAUGCAAAAGCUAUGGGUAUCAAGACCAUCGGUCUCGACAUCAACGACAAUCAACUCGAUGUGGCGAAGAAGGUCGGCGCGGAUGCUGUCUUCAACUCCAUGAAAAACAAAGACUAUCUUCAGGAGAUCAAGAAACUCACUGGUGGUAAGGGAUGUCAUGCUGCGGCUGUCUACAGCGCGUCAAACGCAGCAUACGCCGGUGCGCCAGAUGUUUUGAGAACAGGCGGAUUACUUAUGGUGAUCGGCAUCGCGCCUAAAGGACUUGACUUCAUAAACACAUUUGAUUUGACAACGGGACGGUAUCGCAUCAAGGCCGAUAGCACGGGUAUUCCCCAGCGAAUGAAGAAGGCGGUCGAAUUUACUGGGAAGCAUAGUAUACAGCCAGAAGUCGAGUUCCGCAAGAUCGAUGACUUGCCGCAGAUGGUUGCGGAUAUGGAGGCUGGUAAAGCGGAGAAGAGACAGGUCGUGGUGUUUUAGACUCCUCGCUCAAUUGAC